UGCCGAAGCCAGGCGGGCCGGCUCAGUAAAGCGGAGGCAGCGGGGGAAGAUGGCGGCCGCCGUUCCGCAGCGGGCCUGGACCGUGGAGCAGCUGCGCAGCGAGCAGCUGCCCAAGAAGGACAUUAUCAAGUUUCUGCAGGAUCACGGUUCAGAUUCGUUUCUUGCAGAACAUAAAUUACUAGGUAACAUUAAAAAUGUGGCCAAGACAGCUAAUAAGGACCAUUUGGUUACAGCCUAUAACCAUCUUUUUGAAAGUAAGCGUUUCAAGGGUACUGAAAGUAUAAGUAAAGUGUCUGAGCAGGUGAAAAAUGUGAAGCUUAAUGAAGAUAAACCCAAAGAAACCAAGUCUGAAGAGACUCUGGAUGAGGGUCCACCAAAAUAUACAAAAUCUGUUCUUAAAAAAGGAGAUAAAACCAACUUUCCCAAAAAGGGAGAUGUUGUUCACUGCUGGUAUACAGGAACACUACAAGACGGGACUGUUUUUGAUACUAAUAUUCAAACGAGUUCAAAGAAGAAGAAAAAUGCCAAGCCUUUAAGUUUUAAGGUUGGGAUAGGCAAAGUUAUCAGAGGGUGGGAUGAAGCACUCUUGACUAUGAGUAAAGGAGAAAAGGCUCGACUGGAGAUUGAACCAGAAUGGGCUUAUGGAAAGAAAGGACAGCCUGAUGCCAAAAUUCCACCAAAUGCAAAACUUAUUUUUGAAGUGGAAUUAGUGGAUAUUGACUGAAAUAGAAGAAACCAUCAACAAUAAAACAUGGCCGUGAAGAAACUCAUGUAUCUAGUUAGAGCUGGUUACUAUUAAGUGAAGAGUCAACUGGAAAAUUCAAGUUAGAACAUGUUUACUUGAUCCCUCAACUUUUAAGAAAUGUAAUCCAUUAUAAACCCUUGAACUUUAAAAUAUUUUACUACAGUUGUGUAAAAUAUCACUUAAAGAGAACUGAUUUGCCUUUUACCUCAUGUUGUAAACUAAAAGGCUCAAUAAAAAUGUAUUCAAUGUCUU